UAUAGUGUAGUCAUUGAAAUAUCUGCAUAUUACACAUUCAAGUAUAAACUACCAGUAAAGAACAAAAUAUCUUUAACAGAAUAUAAGGGGGACUAGUGAUAAUACAUUAAAGCUACUGAGAGGUGACCAAGAGAAGAUACUGGUACUCAAGAAUCUUUGACUCUGCAAUGUCUCCCAAUUCAACAACAAUGUCUGUGAAUGUUACCUCUGGUAGACCACUGUUUUAUAUUAAUGGGUUUUCUAAUAUGUUGUAUGCAAACUAUUAUUUUAUAUUCUUGUCUGUUGUUUAUGUUUUAACAAUAUUAGCCAAUGCAUUUCUAAUGCUAAUAAUAUGUGUAGAGCAAAGUUUACAUAACCCCAAAUAUGUUGCUGUUUUUCAUUUAGCUGUAGUUGAUACCUGUUGUAGUACUGUGGUAAUCCCAUUUGUAAUUAAAACAUUCAUUUUCAACUCCCAGUUUAUUGUGUUCGAGGCCUGCCUUGCUAAUAUGUUUUUUGUGCAUUUUUUUAAUGGAUUGCAGUCACUUUCUCUUGUGCUGUUGGCAUAUGACAGAUUCAUUGCAAUAUGUUUCCCAUUGCAUUAUCACACAAUUAAUACUAAUACUAGAAUGAUUACAAUUAUAGUUGCAGUUUGGGUAAUUCUGUCAGUUAUGUUGCUUGUCCUGGUCCUUUUAGUUUCACGGCUGUCCUUCUGUAAAUCUACAGUGAUUGACAGUUAUUUCUGUGACCAUGCACCUGUUUACACACUGGCCUGUAAUGACACAUCAACCAAUUAUAUUUUUGCUGUAGUCUUGAUUUCAUUAUUUUUAAUUGUACCAAUGGUCCUCAUUAUAUUAUCGUACGCAUGCAUUAUUUUUCAACUUUUUAAAAUUGCAUCUAGAGAGGGGAAAAGAAAAGCUCUUAAAACAUGUACCUCCCAUUUAAUUUUGGUAGCAAUAUUUUUUUUACCAAUAUUAGUGACGUAUACAACAUCAAGGGUCUUUGGUAUUCAUCCCAAUGCUAGAAUCUUAAAUAAUUCAUUGUCUGCUACCAUUCCACCCCUUUUGAACCCCAUUAUUUACACUCUGAAAACUGAAGAAAUAAUGGAAUCAAUUAAAAAGUUGUUUAAAAGAAACAAAAUUGUCCAGGUAAAAAGCUGAUAUUAAUAGGGCAUAACUUUACACCUAAUGAGUGUAUCAUAUUCCUGUAUAUUACAAUAUAUGUAAAAUUUUAAUAAAAUAUAGGUAUAUACUGUAAAAAGUUAAUGGAUACAAUUACCCUACUGCAGAUGUUCUUGUGUAAUUUUACCCUUUUCUUUACUUGUUAUUACAUACAUUAAGAAACAAAUCUUGUUUUCGAAUGAGAGGUGAUUUGUGAAAUGAUAACCUGCUGUGUUAGUUCUUAUUUACCAUGGAUCCCAGUCACAUUGGCUGAAGCACCUAUAUUUUACAGUAUGUUUUAACAGACACAGAUCUGUUUUGAUUGCAAUUUACUGCACGUGUGAAGUUGAAACUGUGAAAUACAAAUAUUAGAAGUUCAAUUCUUUAAAUUAUAACAUAUUGUAGAAAUCUGUGUGUGUCUUGAAUUGGCUGUAAUACUGAGAUGAAUUGUGUGUGUAACAGUUCUUGGAUCAAACUACAAUGUAUUUAUUAAACAGCGACUCACUUAAUUGUAUUCAAUUGAAACCAAUACUGUAAACAAAUGACAGUAAUAUUAUAUUAAACUUGUGUGAAUAUCCGGUUACUUCCAAUUGCUUGAAUUACUUGAGCUAUAAAACU